CGUCUGACCAGAGGGCCGCUAAUCGCGCGGAGGAACGGUCGCCUCCACCUGAGCUCCUUCAUCCAUCAACAUGAACGCAAAGAAGGCAGUUGCUAUUGUCGGUGCUGGCCCCGGUCUUGGUGCAGCGCUGGCCGAGACGUUUGCGCGAGCGGGCCAUCCCGUUGCGAUUGGCGCGCGCACGCUGAGCAAGCUUGAGACCCUUGCCGCAUCAAUCAACGAAACGACGCAGGGCAGCGGUAGUCCCCAAGUCAAGGCUUUCUCAGUCGAUGCAACAGACACUCGAUCCGUUAGAGACUUUGUGAAGAAGGCAUCGGGAGCGUGGUCGGCCGACACACAUCUGCACAUCGGCGUGUGGAAUCCAAACACGGGCUUCGGCAUCCGUCCAUUCCAGGAGUGGACCGAAGCGCAGGUCAACGAGGCGCUGCAGGUGCAGGUCCUCGGUACCCACGCCUUCACGCAGCAGUUUCUGGAGACCCUGGGUGAGCCCACAUCGGACAUCUCCGCGCCCUCUCAUCGGGCCACACUCCUCUACACGGGCGCGACAGCUGCUCACAAAGGGGCCGCUAAAUUUGCGGGCUUUGCCGCUGCCAAGGCCGGUCUUCGCAUGCUCGUGGAGUCGCUUGCAAGGGAAAAGGGAAAGCAAGGCGUGCAUGCCUGCCAUAUCGUCGUUGAUGGGCUCAUCGACACAGAGCAUGUGGCAAAGGCGAUGGGACCUGCCUCUCAUCCAAACCAGCGCAUCAAUGUAAAUGAUCUCGCUGCGCAGUUCUACCACAUCCACCAACAGCCCAUGAGCGUCUGGUCUAGCGAGCUUGCUGUCAGACCUUUCAGUGAACAGUGGUAGGGAGCAGUGGUUCCUCUUCUGUACGAGAGCAACAAAAAGUCUAAUCCUUAUCCACAUGUUGAGGCUCGUGUGCAAUAGGUCAUGGUUAUACACAAGCGGAUGUAACGGAGACGAUAUGCACACGUUUGCACGUUCGCGAAGUG